AGGUCGAUCGUGAGGAGCCGAGCACACCACCAUCCUUUGAUUGCACUCCUCCUAAGUGAAGCCCACUAGCUCUCUGAGGACCAGACCUCACUGAUGACUAGAAAGCAAAGAGUACCCAGGAAAGCACUUUUACUACGGACUCCACCUCAGGAGUACCAGGAACUCAUCUUCUAAGUAAAACCCGUGCCCCUUCUGUGCAGACCCGAUGUCUGCUGCGAUGGAUACAGAAUCAACAUAUUCAGGAUACUCCCACUACUCAGGUCACUCCAAAAAAGCUCACAGACAAGGGAGUCGGGACAGGCACAAAUCGCCACGAAGCAAAGAUGGCAGUCGGUCUGAGAAGUCUGUCACUAUCCAAACACCUCCUGCAGAGCCGCUGCUUGGGAACGAUGCCUCUCGGACAGAGGAGGGCCAGGAUGACAACUGGGGUGAGACCACGACAGCAAUCACAGGCACCUCUGAGCACAGUAUUUCCCAGGAGGACAUUGCCCGGAUUAGUAAGGAUCUGGAGGACAGCGUUGGGUUGGACUGCAAACGUUACCUGGGCUUAACAGUGGCAGCUGUUCUUGGACUCCUUGUCUUUUUUACCCCCAUCGCCUUCAUUCUGUUACCCCAGAUCCUGUGGCGGGACGAUCUGGAGCCAUGUGGUACUGUCUGUGAGGGACUGUUCAUCUCUGUGGCAUUUAAACUCCUCAUUCUUCUGAUUGGGACCUGGGCUCUGUUUUUCCGCCAGCCCAAGGCAGAUAUACCAAGGGUGUUUGUGUUUCGGGCCCUUCUCUUGGUCCUCAUAUUCCUGUUUGUGUUUUCCUACUGGCUUUUCUAUGGCGUUCGCAUCUUGGACUCGAAGGACACCAACUACCAAGGAAUAGUGCAGUACGCGGUGUCUCUGGUGGAUGCUCUGCUCUUCAUUCACUACCUGGCCAUCGUGCUGCUGGAGUUGCGGCAGGACACUGUCAAGGUCGUUCGGUCAACGGAUGGAGAGUCGCGAUACUACAGCUUGGGGCACUUGAG